AUGCAUUCACCCGACCUAUCCUACCUCCAAUCGGUGCCUCCGCCCGAAACCAUCCCCCUCCGCCCGUGCUGUCCCAACUGCGAAGAAGUCACCAACUCGUACCUCCGUACUACGCUCUUGAACUACCCGCAACCCCCGGAGCAUCGGGGGUCCAAGUGCCCGCCUGCGCCUUUGAUUGGAGGGUCAGCGGGGGAUGACAAGGACACGGAAAAAGAGAAGGGGAAUAACGAGAAAGGAAAGGACAAGGAGAAACACCACUGCAAAACUGGCGAAUGGUGCGAAAAGUGGAGUCGGGGCGCGACGAAACGCGUGAUUCAGCAGAGGCGCCGGAGGAGUUCGAGUGUCUCUACUUUUACGGGUCUUACCAUCUCCCCCAACACCACUUCCUCCUCGUCGCAAGGAACUCUAGGAGUGCAAACGAGCGGUGAGGGAGGGGCGAUAAGUCCUACAGCGUUUGGUGUAUCCCUAGAGGAGUGUGAAGCUGGAGGAGAGGAGAUGUGGAGUCCGACGCUGGGUGUGCCGAGUCCUGUUACACCCACGUUGGCUGCUGUAGGCCAGCAAGCUAGUUUGGGUGCGGCUGCUAGUUUGUUGGGGAAGGAUAAACCGUUACCGGAUGUUAAGAUUGAUCAAGUUGAUUCUCCUUCCCCUGAGACGAGCGCGAACCAGGUUGCUACGUCUUUUGAAACCGAGGGCGCUUCGCUCGACGCCGCUUCUUCAAUGACUUCGGCCAACGCCAACGCCAACAACACCGCGCCAGACACGGAAGACUCGGAACUCGAAACUGAUCUCGAGGCGUCGCCUUUGGUUGCCCCGCUCGUGCCUACCGCUAUCGCGGUUGACGAGGUGGACAAGAAGAUUCGGUUGCAGCGGAGCAUGGAGCUGGGGUUGGUGCCCAAGGGUCUUCAAGGGAAGACUGGUGGUAUGGUUUCGUCGGGCACCACUGCCACCGCCUCUGCGUCUUCAUCUUCUACGACACCCCUCGAAGCUUCGUCCAGUGUGGAGAGUCUUUCGCAGUCCGAGGGUGAAAAUCCUGCGGGAGGUCUCAAGCCCUCCCCCUCAACGACAACGACGACCACGGUCUUGGCGAGUUCGUCGAGGGAUACACUUCAGCUUCCGCCCCGCGCUAUGAACGCGCACGAGCGGGCGUCCAGUGGGGAUUCGUCUCUCUCCUCUUCCUCCCUUUCCUCCCUCUCCGGUUCAGCGGCUUCAGGCUCGGGUUCAGGUUCAGAAUCCGAAUCGACGACCCUCCCUCCCUCGCUAUCGCGUAGCAAUCCGACGAGUGGGACUGUUACGCCUGUUCAGCCGCAGUUCCAGCAACAACAACAACAACAACGGGUAUCGGCGCCUGGGUCGAUCCGUUCGGUUCAUUCGAGGGGGUCGACGAGGAGCUCACACGGACACGGUCAAAGUCCACCCGGCAGCAUCACCCAUGGGCACGCCUCAAGUCAAAAUCAAAGCCCGCACGCCAGUCUACGCGGAAGUCCACGCGGCAGCCUCCGCGGCAGCCCACACGCCAGCGGGCGCUCCACCCCACUCAAAGGAUGCCUGAAGAACGCGAGUGAGGGAGGUGGGAGGAUUUUGAGUGAUGCGGAGGUCGAGUUGAGGGAGGCGAGGAGGGCGUUGAGGCGGUUGAAGGCUGCGCAGCAGGGGCUUGGAGGUGGUUCUCGUCCUGAGGAGGAGGGGGAUAGUGAUUCUGAUGAUACUGGGAGUGGGAGUGGGGGUAGAAGUGGGAGUGGGGGUGGGAGGGGGAGUGGGAGUAAAACCAGGACAGGAGGGAGGAGUAGUGGAAGCGAGAGUGAACGGGAACGGGAAGGCAAAGGACGCAUAGUACGGGGAGGACGGAAAUUCGAUAUGAGCACUACUGGUUGCGACGAGGUGUUUGAAGUGGGAAGGAGGAAGAGGCAUAGUUAUCAUGGGUUUACCGCCUCGUCUUCCUCUUCCUCUCCAUCAUCGUCAUAUCCUUCGACUGAUGCGGCGAAAUGGACGACGACGAGGCCUCCGGCGGUCCCGUUGGCCAUAAAUACACGCGCUGCGAAUGAUUUGGGACGGACGGGUACGAUUUCGGUGCCUACGACGCCGACGAAGGGGCGUGGGAAGGGGUACGUCCCUACGAAGAUUUUCACCUCCCAUUCGUACGACGCGUACACCUCGCCUACUAGGCGCGCUGCUUCCGACGGCGACGCACCAACUCUUACGCGGCGGGGACUCAUCAGGCGAGGUAGCGAAGCGGAUGUUGAUGACGACGAGGACGAGGACGAGUUGUUGUUCCCUCUACCUCGGAGUCCGGCUGCGACGCCUAGUCCUAAACCGAGUGGGAGUGGGCGUAAUAGCAGGAGUGGGUCGGCGCGGUCGAGUCCGGUCCCGCCUGUGCCUGUUGUGAUUGAGCAAGGGCCUAUUGGUGGGAGUGGGGAUGAAGGGCAGGGGGAGGAGAAGGAGGGGGAGGAGGGAGACAAGGGGAAAGGGAAUGAGGAGGGAGGGGAUGCUAGGGUUCCUUUCCCUGAUGACUCGCCUCGGCCUCAAGAUUCGCCCUCGACGGCGUCGGCAACGCCUACGGCACCAGUAGCAGAAGGAUCUACGCCUUCAGCACCCGCAGCAACGACAUCGUCAAACACCCUUCAACCACCACCCCUCACCGACUUCAAACGGACCCUCCACCCGAGCGGACAUGGACGCCCUCCUUCAAGGCCGGGUUCGAGACCUGGUUCGUCGCAUUCGAGGACGUUCUCGGAUCCACUCGUCUCGCGGCAUUUUAUCAAUAAUGCGAUCAACAACGCCUCUGCUUCUACCUCUUCUACGAGUCCUGCCAACGCGACGAGUAGUGGAACACCUGGUGCAGCAACCGCAAGUGCAGCAGCAACAGUCACGUCCGAUGGAUCCUUGCAAGUUUCAGACGGGAGCGGGCCGGGUAAGAGGGAGAGGAGGGCGAGUGGCGGUAGUAUCGCGCUCGCCAGUGCGCGGUUGGAAGCGGAGGCCCUGCCUCCGUCGUUCACGGCUCCCUCGAGGCGGUCGCCGUUGUUACCGUUCCUCUCGCAUUCGCCUUUGUUCUCUUCUUCCUCCUCUUCCUCUCAUUCCCAAUCCCAUUCCCAUGCUUCGCAAUCGCCAGCGUCGCCGCCUUCGGCGUUUGCUCGUCGUGGACAGCAUAGUGGACAUGGAGGGUCUAAGAAGGAUAAAGACCGAGAUGGGGAGAGUGGUGGGAAUGGAGGAGGGAAGAGGAAACCGAGUUUUUCGUUGAGGAUGAAGGCGCUUAAGGGGGUUGGUGUGGAUGUGCUCAAGGGUGUUAGUUCGAUCGGUGGUGCGGCGAGGAUGUGAGGGGAGUGGGGCCAGGAAGAGCAGGAGAACUAGUAAGAGGAAGGUGGAUUCCCAAACACUAAUUAACGACCCAACGACAACGACCCCGUUUAAUGAUUCAAGUUACGACUCUCGGGUUCGCCAGGACCCGAAUUUAAUGAAUAUAUCUAAUGACCCUGUUUAUGAUAGCUUUUUGGCUGCUUUAUCUUUUCGUCUUCGUUUUUCAUCUUCUUUAUUCCGUCUUUGUCUUCCAUCUUUUUUGUUUCCACAUCGCCUUCUUUAUUUUCUGUUGCUCGACUUGUUGUUUUGCUUAUACGUUUUCGAUUUUUAGUUAGUUAGUUACGACCACAGGAUACCCUAAUCUCUCUCUCGCCCUCUACUACUUACCACUUGUUCGAUCUUCAAUUAUCUCCUUUAUUUUCCACCACUCGUAAAUACUAAUGACGAAAGUUUCGACCUUCAUUUACCUACACACGCAACACAAUCCAUCCAUCCGUUCCGACU